AUGUUCCACCUGUCAAGACCGAAGGCGAACCCCACCACCAAGCCAGACCGGAUCAUUGGUUGGGCACACCCAGAACUUCGACAGUUACUGAUGUACAACGGUGUUUCGCUCUUCUUUGAUUGUACAUUCCGAUGUGUACCCACGGGAUUCAAACAGUACAUGCUUACGAUGGUGUACGACCAAGCUAGCGAGUUAUUUGUUCCAGUGCACUUCGUUCUUUGCAGCUCCAAGGUUGAAGCCAUGUACUUCGACAUUCUAGAGCUGAUUUAUAGGGACACCUCAGAGAAGCUAGAGCCAUGUGACGUCGUCUGCGCCUUCGAGAUGCUAAGGAUACAGGCCAUCGAGAAGCAGUUCCCGAUCGCUGAAGUGAUCGGCUGCCUGUUUCAUUUCAAACAGGCAGAGCGACGACAAAUGAAAACAACGUACAGUAUUCCUGAUGCGGAGGAUCGCGUUGCAGUGAAAAAAGGCGUGCUUGACUUGCUCACAGUGAUUGAGCCAAAUUUGGUUCCUCGACAUGGCAUCCGAUCGUUCCCGAUGCCUCAUCUCAAUAUUGCCACAUUUGUCAACGUGAUCUGGACAAUAUCUCAAGAUUACGUUACCAAGUUGACCAACGUGGCGCAAGGGCGACGAAGCAGAGGCAACAAGACCAAUGUAAACAAAAAGAAAGAGCGACGACGAGCCAACACAAGCGGUGCCGACGGGGCAAGCGUCGAGACGAUUGAUAUUCCCAAUCCAGUGGUUUUGGUAGAGAGUGAGGUCGCCGAUGUAGCUGACAGUGACGAUGAUGCGCUUCCGGACUUCUCGUUCGAGCCCAGUGAGUAUUGCGAUGACGAUGAGUCGACUGCCAACGGAGACGGUAAGAGUAUGCAAGCAACUAUUGUUUAG